AGAGUGGCAGGUUUGAGGCUUUGUUUGUACGGUUGCUACUAAGUGCAACAAAUCAAUCACCUCAAUAUGGGUGAUAGUCUGUGUAAUAUUGCUCGAUAUAUUACAUUACUAACGGAUGAAGACAGGUUCGUUCGAAAAAAAGCAUUGAAGUGUGUGGAAGACUACUUGAAUACUAACAGCGAUAAAGAAAAUACUAUUUUUAGUACAGUAGCAGAAAACCUGGCAAAGACUUUAAAUGAUCCUGUUGAGGUCAAUCGAGAACUUGCAGUGAAAGUUUUAAAGCUAUCCAUAGAUGUAACUAAUGACGUGACACCUUUGCUUGCAUUAUUAGUGCCUGUGCUGGUUAUGCGUUUAGGACAGAAAGAAAUAACAGAACAUUCUGAAGAGAUUCGCUACUCCACACUUAAUCUCUUAUAUAUUCUGCUGAAUAGAACUGAUGAGAUAUCUCCGUUUGUCGAUGAUUAUAUCUCAGUAAUUCAAAAGACACUUGUCGAUCCAUAUCAUGAAAUUAAAAAAUUGUCUUGUAAAAUAGCAGUGGUUUUAUCACAGAGAAAGUGCCAUCGAUUUUAUCAAAUUUCGGAGUCUAUUUUACUGCCCAUGUUGUCAAAUCUUACACAUCAACAUUCGAAAGUUAGAUUAGAAACUGUGGUCGCUCUUGAAAAGGUUUUGCUGCACAGCCAGGGAAAGCUUGUUGAAAAUGUUAUCGCACCAUUAACUCAAAGACUUUUUGAUUCAUCAUCAGCAGUUAGACGAGCUGUUAUUGAACUUGUGGGCUCAUGGUUGUUGGAUUUACCUGAUCGGUAUUCAUAUCAAACAAAGUUAUUGCCUCUACUUCUCUCCGGUUUCAUUGACGAAUCAGAUGAAAUUCGUAUGGUUGCUUCGAAAUUGUGGCAUCAUAUAGCUUUCAGGACUAAAGUUUGAAAAAGAGAACGAAGAGCAGCUGAAAGAUAAACUGGAUUUUGAUCACGGUCCUCCAUUUCACUAUCCAUGUGGGUGCAAACGACCAAUACUGGGUAAGUUUUCCAAGUAAGUAGUAUCCUUACAAAGGUGCUUGAUUAAUCCAAAGCUUAAACUUCAUCAGUAAUUUGUUGUUGUCACAUUAAGUUAAAAGUCAUGAUGUUACGUGUUAAAACAAUUUAAUUUUGUACUUAAUAUGAAUCCGAACUCAUGAACUAAAUUUAACGAUACGAUUCAUUCUUUUCGAUAUCAACGCAAAGUUCUCCAUAAGUUCAUGUACUUGUUUCAGUAAAGCGGAGAGCGUCCUAUUAAAUUUGCUCAUUCACUGACAACCUUAGUACUGAAUCGAAUACAGCAAAUUCCAUAUUAUGUUUGACUAAUUCCACAAAUCAUAUUAUUUAUGUAAACACUGAUGCGGGCGUUUUCUCACUGUUUUAUAAUCAUUCUCUAAAGAAAAACACCGAACCAAAAUUUCUAAUCGGGCGAAAAUGGCAGGAUUUACUUUUCAUAUUAAACUAAUUGGGUAGUUGGUUAACACAAGGAUUACCCAUUCAAAUCAAGGGUCAACGUCAUAUAAUGUAAGGCGUAUCUAUUCAGGCCAGGAGUGUAUCUCAACACUCUUCUCUUGAAAAUGCUGAUUGUCAUGUGAGCACUUAAACGUUUCGUGAGCCAUCAAAUUUGUAUUAGGGAAUCACUUUUCGUUAGCCAGUAGUUGAUUAUUUUCUAUCUUUAACGGUCAUUUUACUGAAAAUAUCAACAACACUAAUAGUACACUUACUGUAGUUUUUUCUUUAACACGUUGAGCCAAGCUACUUUAUUUUCGUAAUAAUAUGCCAAAAUAAAUGUUUAUUGAAAGAGUAUGCUUUUUUACAGGUUGUCGAGAGCUCGUCUACAGAUCGGCAUCCAAACUAUUUCCAGGUUUAUGUAAAGAUCUUUCAGACUGGCAAGAAGCAACACGUUUAAAAGCAGCCAGUUUAAUACCCUUAUUAAUAUUACAUCUUGAAGAAUCUGCUACUCAACAUACUCAACAUCUUUUAACUGGUAUUGCAAAUGGUCUAGCUGAUGCACUUAGUCGAAUAUCACCUGUUGGAAAUAUGUCUUUAAUAAAUAUGAUGCCUAUAGUUUCAUUUCGGAAGGAAACAUCUUCGUCAAGUACAACUACUGCUGACAGAGUAGAUAUAAUUAGUUUAGUCGUUACACAUGCCACAUCUCAGGUGUUUAGUUUAUCUGAAGCGAACGAGGCAAUUAAAAUUAUCAAUCAAUUAUUUAUUGCUGCUCAAAUUUUGGGUUGCAUGAUCCCUACUAAGUUUUGGUGGCAUUUACUGGAACCAUGUCUUGAUCGUUGUACAGAAUCUGCUGCACCAUCAUCAUUAGCUGGCCAUUUACUCCUUUUAUCUGGUUUACUUCAUGGUAGUCCAUUAAAUCAAUUAAUAAUAACUGACGAAAUGGAAGAGUUAAAGCGUGACUCACCAUUGAAUAAGUGUUCUACUAAUGUGACUAACGCUUCCACUAAUUCUACCAGUACUGCUACUACUUCUGAUGACAGUCAUUGUAUUCAUGGAGAUAAAACUAAUGAAAAUAAUGAUUAUCAAAUGAAAAAAGGUCAUGUCAAGGAGAGCUAUACACAAAUCAAUUAUAGUACAUUACAUAAGAUUAUCUCUUAUCUUUGUCAAAAUGAAUUAAUCUCUGUCAUAUCGAUUAAUGCCAAAGCAGGUCUAUUAGAAUGUGUUCAAGUGUGUAUUAAACAUCUUGAAGAAGCGAUUGUUUUAUUAAAAAAAGAGACAGAACAACAGCAACAACAAGGGGAUACUUUGGAAACUUUACAAUUGAAUGAUGAUAGCCAUAAAAAUAUUAUUCAAGCUACUUAUAACGCAGCAAAAUUAAUAAUUCAAGACAACCAGAUCCGUUCAUGUUUGUUUGAAAUAAUUCUUGGAUCGGGUGCAAUUUGGCCAGAAAAUGAUUUGAUUUCAUCAGAUUUCGGUCGUACAGUUCUAAGUUCAUGUGAUAAACUCAUGCAAUGGUUAGCAGCCUGUCACCAAGACUGUAUAAAUUUAUCCAAACAAUAUCAUCUCUCCACUGAGGAUGAGGACUUUGAAGUAAAUUCAACACCAGUUAGUCAUAUGGAUCAACUGUUUUUCAGCUGCAUGCCUAAGUUAAUUUGUAGAUUAAAUGAAGAUUUGAAAAAAUCUAUUUCAUGGAAUCCACGUUCAGUUGGAUUAGCGAUACUUUCACGUUGUUUACAAAUAGCUCCUGGACCGGCACUAUUAUUCACAUUUAAUAAUCAUGAUAAUAAUAGUCAAACUAAAAAAGAAUGUUUAACAACUGUGCUGGAUCUUUUAGAACGUGGUUGUCGAUUAAAUUGUGCACCCGGUGGCGGUGGUGUCGACAAUGGCAGUAGUAAUAGUAGUCAGUUUAAUAAAUCACCCGGCGGUACAGAUCCAUUAACAUUAGCUAGUGAGGCAGAACUCCGUCUACGUGGUUUAAUGUUGCUUACAAAACUGACAGAUAAUAAUCAGAUUAGAAAAGUAUUAUCAUCUCCAAAAUAUUUGAACUAUUGUUUUUCUAAAUUAAUUUUACCUGUAUGUGUUUGGAGAGCUGGUCGUACAUCAGAAGCCAUGCGAAAAGCAGCUAUUACAAGUUAUUUAGCAUUAUUAGCUAGUGCUGUAUCAAUGCAUCAUUUAUCUGAAAUUGUUUUGAAUUUACGAACUAACAGUGAAAUCAACAUAGAUAAUUGGCUUUUAACUAACAACAUUGAAUCUAUGCAUGAGAUUAUGAAAGAGUUAACAAAUAGAGAGGAAGUUUGUGAUAUUAAUAAUACUAAUUCUAACAAUGAAAUACAAUCCUUUCCAAAAUAUAGUAAUCUACCAAGUUUAUCUGGCUCCUUGUUAUCUUUGAUGUUGGCACGUUUAGGCUCAUUAUUAGAUGAUGAUUUGGAAGGGACCAGACGUUUAGCUUGUCUUUGUUUGACAAUAUUCUUUAAUGGUCUUCUUAUACCUUCACCACCAAUAUCACCGGCAUCUUCAUCACCGAUGGAGUUAUCUAACGGUAAUCAAAAUCAUUAUGAAGGAAAUCGAGUUGUAGAUUUUCUCAAUUCACCUACAUGGAUUCAACCGCUUACUACUACUAUUACUAAUACUGUUAGCAGUAGUAAUCAUGAAUUGGUCAAAGAACAUAAUGUAUUAUUGCCUUAUUGUCCACUGGCCAAUUCAUUUGGUGAUCAAGUCUAUCGUUUCUAUGGUAAUUUUAUUAAGCGUCUUAAUGAUUCGAAAGAUCAAAUACGAUUACUUAUCUGUGAAACAAUCAAUGCAUGGAUUCGUCUACUGAUUCCAAUGUUAACAUCAUCAUCAUCAACAACCAGUAAAACAUCUCAGCAGUUAAAUCCAGUUUAUACUGCUGUUAUAGAAGAUUUCCUAAAUAACCUUAUUAUUCAUUUAGAUGAUCCUAAUUCACGAAUACGUGCCAGUGUAUCACGUGUUCUCUUGAGAAUCAAUCAAUUCGCUCCAGAUUUGGUGAUUAAAGUUUUAAACAAAGCUAAAUUAUGUCAUCGUUCAUCUCAAUUAUGUGAUAAACUAUUAGAAUUUUGUCAUUCACAUUCUCAGUAACGUUUACAAAAAAAAUAUUAUCCAUAAAAUGACCGAGGUAAAUGAGGAACAAGUGAUUUUACGAUUGAAAUUGUGAAAUGGUAACAGCUACAUUUUUGGAUAAUCUAUACUCCCACAUAUCUAAUUAAGUUUUACACUCCUGUUGGCAAAAUCUUUUUCUAAUUAACUUUUGUUUUUAUUGGUUAAUCUUUGUGUUAUAACAUUUUAAUAUAAAAUGUACAAUUUAUGACAAUAGGUCACAUAUAUUUUUUAUUUAUUUAUGUGAAAUGACAAGUGAAUAAAUGAAACUACUACUGAG